AUGGAAACAGCUGAAGUUGAGCAGGAAGGACAAACACAAGAUAACCAUGCUUAUACGUACCCACUAGUAAAGGUAAAAUCUCAUUCUAAACACGAAGUUACACACACACACGUAACGUUGUCGUGUGAAUAGGCCUUAAAGCUAACUUACGUAGAAAGCCCAGUAUAUAAUCGCUGGUCCUUGAAUUGAAUAACUACAUGGCUUUGUUUUUUAGCUGUUAGUGGGAAUCCCACUUAUUAAAAUUUUUCAAUGUUACUCCUAUGAAAUUUCAAUAUGCUGGAUGCUUCGGAUGUAAUAUUAAUUUAAGAUAUGUGUUCUGAAUGCACAAGUAAGAAACAUCUCUAGGAUGGGAGGUGUAAGCUUACCCUAGUCCUUCACCGCACGUGUGGCCCAGAUAUGCCUAGGAAUCAGUGAAUUGAAGAUGUUUCACUCCGGCCUAAUUUAGCCCUACCAUAACUAACGGCACUUAACCCUCUCUUUGUCCUUGGGGCUGGAGGGACCCUGAGAAGUCUACAUAAAAACAAACGUGGUUGUCAUUACACCAGUCCACUCUCCCUUAUCUUACCAUUGAAACAAAAUUAGCAGGGGGGACGCCACGUUUUCCUCGUUUAUGACUUGUUUUUGAGAUAUCAAUUCUGCCGCCCAAGGCGCAUUCCCUCAGAUGUAGUGGAAAUUUACCAACCUUGACUGGGACAUAUCGGAACCGUCCAAGACCUUGCUGAACGUGACUUAGCCACAUGGAGCUAUACAGGUGGACCAGCGGACGUCCCACGUAGCAUCCUGGCUUAUAAGCCGUUUUUAACAAGUUAUGCCCAACCUCACGUUUGAAGCGGACGGGGUCCGUUUCCUGGAUCUUUGGUCUUUAAGUCGGACAUCAGGACACCGAGCCACGAGCCCGCUGUCUUAUCGAUUGCGGUCGGAAGUAUAAUGUUGCAAAUGCUUUCACUGAUCGGGAAGCAGCACAUACUAAGUUGCAACGGACGGACCAAUGGCUCAAUUUUAGAGCGUCCUACUCAAUGACAUAAGCUCUAGAACUCGAAUCCCAGACACUCUAAACCACUGGUUUGGUGUGUUUGGUUGAUGGCCACUAAUGGGUCAGAAGUGGCUACUCUAACUUCCCAGGUCUUUGUCGGUCUUCCAGCAUAUAUUUAUGGUCCCUGCGCGACUGUCUUUGUGAACUCUAUACUGAGUGCCAGGUCACACCGAGAAGAUCAUAUCCCAUUACGUGGUCGGUGAAUGAGGUCCCAACAUAAAAAAUAAUAUUAUUAAAACCAUAUGUGACCAAACAUUAUUCCAGCGGACCUGUUUUAAUUAGAGUGGCAUGCACCUAAUUAGCCUGAAUAUAGAAUGAAAUAUAAGUAAUUCUGUCUGAAGCUGGAACCAGUAAAUGCGAGAUCGCCGAGGACGUUCUUUCAAACUAGGUAACCGUCAAGAAUCAGUGGUAAACCAAAUCUAGAAUUGGUAAAGCUGGGAUAGAUUAGCGUCGAGCAUGUCUCUCAUCGUACCGCAGACUCAUCUUACUGGAGUAUUCACUUGAGAAUCUUAGCGAAAAAGCACUUCUUUAAAAUAUUCAGUAUUCCAUGGGACGGAGAAAGCCUGUCCAGGGCGUUUCAGCUUCCACCAUAUCAUUUUUUGAAAAGGGAUCUACUGAACAGCAGAAAGCACAGAUACUUGUGACAAAAGCAUGUUUGAUCACUGCUGUCCGAAUGGUAGGUCAAAUUGCGGACGGAGUUUGUUGUCUUGAAGUUUAGAUGAUCAGGAUCUUAUUGACUGUAUGGGGCAUGUAAAUCCAGACCUUGCAGGGACUUGAGUAUUCCAGCAGCUAUCACACUACGAGGUAUUAAGUUCUAUCCCUACCGGACGUAAUGAUUUGAUCAGCAAACCAUGGGCUUCGCAGCCUGGGGUGCACUGGCAGUUCACUCGCACCUGGUUUCCUGCCGGUAGAUGUGUUUUCGCUCCCGUCGGGCGUACAGGUCGUGAGCGUGGCUACCCGGUCAUUCUCCUAUUCCUGACCCGUUGUCGUGCUGUUUUUGGCGAAGAUCCUGGUCAAGUGUUUGUUGUAGACCAGGAGUGUGGUGGUACGUCCAGGUGAGGGUUCGGUCGUGCCAGCCACCUGCGCCUUCCCUCAACUCCGGUCUUCUUAACGACGUUUAGGCACCGGCCCCGGUGUGAAGGGAAAGGGAUUGUGAUAGAUGCAGUGCAGAUCCACUUGCCUGCUCCAACUUGCUGUGGAGCACACGGUGAACAUCGUCGACCACGAUGGUCGAAUCGUCUGACCAACAAAGUAAUUUCCCUUCUGUCACCACAUGCUUGUCAGCGUUAAAGACGAAAGUAUCUUACCGAACACGGAACACUCCACAUUGUGGGGCCCAUUACUGCGCAAGACGCAAGUAGUGAACGCAAUGUGACCAGGAGCCCUCUGGUAGGUUGGCUUGAUGCCCAGUUGGAUAGGCAUCCGGUCCACAUCACUUGGAGAUGCUGUUGCUGUUACACAAUUUCCUUAAAACAUCCCCAUACUUCCUAAACGUCUUUGCCUUACUUUUGUUUGCCGUAGUCGUUUUCUGGAGGCGUAAUAAACAUUUUAAACGUAGAGCCACAAUGACAUUAAAUAAUAACAGACACGGGACAGAAAAUUUUUUUCAAGAUUGAGAUGUCUAUUCAUGGUGUCAGUAAGUCCCGUCUGACAGACUCCAGCCUGCAACUAAGUUUAUGCUAUGUCAAGUAAUUUUUGCUUUUUUAAUAAUUUUGAACAGAGCGCACAAACUGCCCUGUGUAAGUCUUUGUUGGAGGUUCCGGUUGUUUUUACGUCUGUUUUCUAUUACACGUAUAUACACUGAAGUCUCCUUCUAUGUUUAGUGCUCAGAUAUGCCGGAGGAGAUGCGUUCCGAAGUUGUGGAGUACUGCGUGACGGCGUGUGAGAAAUAUCCCGCAGACAAUAGGGUGCGUUCAAGUGACAUCGUUUUCCAGUGUCCUCCUCUCCCAUUCACAAACAGCAAAAUUAUAAGGUCACGACAUGACAGUUCGAUCGUCGUAAACAACGGUGUCCGCCAUGUACCGCAAGAAGUGGGUGCAGGACGGUGACUUUCGUGUGAAUUAGUUUAUGGCGAGGCAGGUUUGCGAAGCUUUCAUUGUAUUCUAUCCCCCUCACCCUUUUUCUUCUGAUGGCACAACAAUGCUAAAACGACUAAAGGCGGGCUGAAUCAUGAGAAUGUGUCACUAAACUUUUUCGAGAACUACCAAGUGCAAGAACCCGUCCCUGUAUAGACGGUUUAUCAUAAGGAAAGUUGAACGUGAAAGGGCCUACUGGAAGGACAAGGACAGCAGGCCCUGAACAAGCCAAUCUGUGCAAAUGUCUGGUUCAUACAGCGUGUCACGCGGGAGUCGGUCGGACCAACGCUAGGGAUAGAUAAAGGAAUGAAAUGCGUUAUCCGGUCUGCGGACCUAUAGCAGGUACUGCACAUGGGAUCUGAUGACCCGUCUAGACGCAGGCCCACGCCACACUAGCCCCCUGUGCCUAAUUAUCGCAUUAGACACGUGGCCGAUCCGAAUAAGGAACUGGUGCCUGGGAGACCAAUGAGACCGAAUGGUUGAUCGGUCCCCACAGCAGUCAGCGCACACCCCUCAAUAUCAACAAACAUACGCGCCUUAAUCUGUCACGGUGGCCCAGAAGACGUGGCCUGGAUGGCUACCAAAUAACGACAUAACUCGGUUCCCUUCUCCGGACAGAGACCUGGACUCCAAUGGCUCCUUAGUAAUGUGACCUCUAUGAUUCACCUACUCAAAUGAGAUCCAGGUCUAUCAUACGCGAACCAGACGUUUGUAGGAGCAUAGGCGCGCUGUUUGGCUCGUCAGCCACUGCGCCCGAUCCUCGGCUUUGCCUUGACAUCGGGCUCAGGCAAGUGAGAGAACAUUGUGGCAGUUUCAACGCGAGUUUACUACCAAUAUAAACUAAUUUAAGUGCAAGUCACCGACAAUGUGCCUGUAUAGUUGUGUGACAUCUGGGGGACGUCUUCCGCGACUGCCGAACUGUCAUACGUAGGUGCGCAAGAUGGCAGAAUGGGAAGACCAAGAUAGCGCUGACGACGGCAUUAAGUCAGAAGCAGCUACUACAGUGCUUGACCUUUUUUGCAAAGCCUACCUACAAGCUAUUGUGCGUUGCUUACAGAUCGCCUGUCAGAACUCCAUACCGAAAGGUCAAGGCAGCAAGCGUCGCCCCCUAUUAAGUCUCGUGACUGAAACAGAUAGGCGCACACCAUUCCCGCACGACUUUGAAGACACCCCAUCGUCACUGACAGGGUAUGCAUGUGGGUUUUCCGGGUUCUCUGUUGUCUAACAACGGCAGGCAGACUAGAAUACCCGUUUUAACUCCUUCCUGUCUCGAUCGGCAAUACCUUCCGACUAGAGUGUGAAGUUAGCGUCCAUACUCACCCCUUUUUGGCAAAUUUCUUCCUCCAGACGUCCCAACUUAUCUAUCUUUCAGCAAGCAAAAACUAGCCGGAUGUGUCAUUAGUCGAUUACCUUAGUCUAGUUUCAUGCAGAAUGAUUUGGGAAUAGUUCCUGCAUGUAAGUAUGUAUUGAUUUGGCAAAAUAUGCCUACAAUAGAUAAAGCGAAGGUGCCCACAGAACUUAAUGAUCAAAUAUUUCGUUUCGUAAAGCAGUUUGAUUAACCUCCACUUAUUUGCUUUCUAGAGCGCCGCGCAGUGCCUGAAAGACGAAUUGGACAAGAAAUGUGGAACUACUUGGCACGUUGUUGUCGGUGAGGGUUACGGAUUCGAAGUGACUUAUGAACUCAAUUCACUGUUAUACAUGUAUUUUGGUGGAAAUUUGGGAAUUCUGGCAUGGAAGUGUUAA